AUGCAUCAUCCAAUGAUAGCGAAUUCGCUGCAGGACAUAUGGAGGAUUUAUGAUUCGCUGCUUCCUUUCGGCCCGCAUCCCUUUGUGAUGUUCGCCUCCCGUGGUCGGGCCGGCACCCUCGUCGCGCCGCCCCGCGUCGCGCCUUCCCCUCUCCUCAUCGCGCUUUCCCCUCCCCUCGUUGCGCCGCUCCUCCCCUCGUCGCGCCUCCUCUCUUCGCGCUCCCCUCAACGCGCCAGCACCCUCGUCGCGCCUCUCCUCGUCGCGCCCCAUUCCCUUCGCCGCGCCUCCCCUUGUCGCGCCUCCUCUCUUCGCGCCGCUCCCCUCAACGCGCCAGCACCCUCGUCGCGCUGCUCUUCGGCGCGCCUCCUCUCCCCCUGCCCUAAUCUCACCCUAAACCCUUGCCCCCCUUUUCGGCCCUUCCAUUCCCUCUUGUUGCCUUCCCUUCUCACCCCUUCAGGCUGCUGUGAGAAUGUAACAAAACUAUCCCCCACAUCCCCCCCCUCCCCACUUCUUGCCCAUCCCUCCAAAGGCUGCUUCCCUCAUCCCCCCCCCCUCUCUCCCCCUCAUUUUCCCCCCCUGCUUCCCCUCAUUUCUCCCCUUUCUUCCCCUCAUUUCCCCCCUUGCUUCCCCUUAUUCCUUCCUCUGCUUCCCCUCACUCUCCCCCCUUGUUUCCCCUCAAUUCCUCCCCCUGCUUCCCCUCAUUUCCCCCCCUGCUUCCCCUCAUUUCCCCCCCCCCUGCUUCCAAUCAUUUCCCCCCCUGCUUCCCCUCAUUUCCCCCCCCUGCUUCCCCUCAUUUCCCCCCCUGCUUCCCCUCAUUUCCACCCCCUGCUUCCCCUCAUUUCCCUCCCCUGCUUCCCCUCAUUUCCCUUCCUGGUUCCCCUCAUUUCCCUUCCUGGUUCUCCUCUCGUUUCCCCUCUUGCUUCCCCUCGUUUCCUCUCUUGCUUCCCCUCAUUUCCACCUUGCUUCCCCUCAUUCCCCCCUCCUGCUUCCCCUCAUUCUCCCCUCCUGCCCGUCCUUCUUCCCUUCUCCUUUUCCCCGCCCGCCCCCAUCAGGUGCAGCAGGCUGAAGAAAGAGCCCUGUGGUGGCGCCAUGCAACCAUAG